GGCCCCGUGUGGAAGUCACCGCCAAAGCUCAGAAACUUCUCCACUUCUCCCAGCAACACAACUCUCGCCACAACUCCCCGCACCAUGGCCUGCUGCUCCACCAGCUUCUGCGGAUUUCCCAGCUGCCGCACCAGUGGGAUCUACGGCUCCAGCUACUGCGAGCCAACCUGUACUGGCACUGGCUGUGGCAUCGGGGGUGGCAUCGGUUUGGGCCAGGAAGGCGGCAGCAGCGCCGGCGCCGUGAGCUACCGCACCAGGUGGUGUCGCCCAGACUGCCGCGUGGAGGGCACCUACCUGCCGCCCUGCUGCGUGGUGAGCAGCACGCCCCCAACCUGCUGCCAGCUGCACCAUGCCCAGGCCUCCUGCUGCCGCCCCUCCUACUGUGGACAGUCCUGCUGCCGCCCGGCCUGCUGCUGCCACUGCUGUGAGCCCACCUUUUAAGAGGCAGGUUGCUCAUUCCCAGCUGCCCAAGACUCAGUAUCUCUGCAUUGUUCAUCUCUUUGACCACCCCUGGACACUAGCACGUUCUUAGACCUCUAUUUCAUUUUCUGCUAUGGUUGUAUCGAGUAUAUGAGCACCAUGCUUCUAUCUGUUUCCAUUCUAUAAUGAGUACCUUAACCACUGUGGGCACAAAUGCUGUGAUCCCGCUGUAUGACUGCCCAGUUGCUCUGGGUGUACUAUUUCUGAUGCUCAAAAUUACCAGUGCAUUGUGCAGUCUUUCCAUGAGAAUUGUCCACAACUUUAUUUUCCCUCUUAAUAUCUACUUAUCUCUUCUGUUUACCUAAAAAUAUUUUUCCAAUGUCAGAGGCACCCAAAUACAGCCAAGAGUCAUUUCUCAGAAGUCAUCAGUGAAAUUGGAAGCUCUUCAUCCAACAUCCACCUGCUAAGAAGGCUGGAUCUUUCUACACUGCAACACCUGACCCAGGCCUCAGUUCUGAGAUCAUAGCAAUCCUGCCUGUUGGCUAUAUCAGCUUUAUUUGUAGUACAAUGUCUUCUGAUAUCUCUUAAUAAAGGUUAUCC